UAGAAGCGGAUGACAUCGUACCGUCUAUUCCUUAUCACUACCAUUCUCAAUUUUAAUGUUAAAUAAGAUUUAAAAAGAUUAAAGUACACUGUUUUGUUGUUUGCUUCGAAAACGUGCGUCAAAUUAGAACAUCCGGGAACCCAAAGUCAGUAAUACAUCAGAGAUGUUCGUUAUUUCGUUUCUUCUGUUACUGUUAGUGUUAGCACCGAGGAUGGGAGAUGGAAGACCAACAUAUCUUGGACAAACAGGUGACAAAGAUUCCCGGCAGUUAUUGCCUUAUUACGAAUUUCUUCCACUGGGAACAGCAGGUUACCUUAAUUCUGAAAGCUGGAUGAAAUUUUCUAGAAAAUUGUUUGGCGACAGUAGAUGGUUAUGGCUUCUGGCACCAGCAGCGGCAUCUUCUAGUCACCAAAAUGCAUAUAUUGAUAUUCGCAAGCCUUUUGAAACUGAGCACAACAGGCUCCUUCCCAUGGAUUUAUUCUACUUUAAUUACGGUAAACAUGGAGCACAAUUUUACCCAUCAACAUUAAUUUCUGAACCACGAUCGCUAGCUACAAUUAUCACAAAUUUAAUAAAAAACAUUAUACAGCAGUUUAGACCCACUACAAUUGCAGAAAUAUCUCCAACUACUACUCCAAAUACUCUUACAAUACCCCAUUCAAGCACAACAAACAGAUUUACUAAUUCACCUUCAACCACUACACCCGCUCUCACUACUUCAGAUGCAUCUUCUACCAUGGGAUCAACUGAAUCUACUAUCUCAACAUCAACGACCGUCACCGAAUCAACUACCACUGCUCUAACUUCUUCAAUGGAAUCAACUGAAUCUGCUACACCAACGUCAACGACUGUCACUGAUUCAAUUAUCACUGAUUCAUCGUCUUCUAUGGAAUCAACUGAAUCCACUACACCAAUAUCCACUUCUGUCAGUGAAUCAACUACAGCUGUUCCAUCUUCUACUAUGGAAUCAACAGAAUCCACUUCAUCGACGUCAACAACUGUCACUGAAUCAACCACAACUGGUCUCUCUUCUACUAUGGAAUCAACUGGAUUUACUACUCUAACGUCAACUACUGUCAGCGACCCAACUACAACUGUUCCAUCUUCAACUACAGAAUUACCAGAAUCCACUUCACCGACGUCAACGACUGUCACUGAAUCUACUACCACUGAUUCAUCUUUUACUAUGGAAUCAACUGUAUCCACUACCCCACCAUCAACUACUGCCAGCGACUCAACUACAACUGUUCCAUCUUCAACUACGGAAUCAAGUGGAUCAACUACACCAACGACAACGACUGUCACUGAAUCUACUACCUCUGAUUCAUCGUCUACUAUGUCACCAACUGAAUCCACUACCCAAACAUCAACUACAACUGUCCCAUCUUCAACUAUAGAAUUGACUACUCAAACUUCAACGACUGUCGCCGAAUCAACUACCAGUGAUCAAUCUUCUACUAUGGAAUCAACAGAAUCCACUUCAUCGACGUCAACAACUGUCACUGAAUCAACCACAACUGGUCUCUCUUCUACUAUGGAAUCAACUGGAUUUACUACUCUAACGUCAACUACUGUCAGCGACCCAACUACAACUGUUCCAUCUUCAACUACAGAAUUACCAGAAUCCACUUCACCGACGUCAACGACUGUCACUGAAUCUUCUACCACUGAUUCAUCUUUUACUAUGGAAUCAACUGUAUCCACUACCCCACCAUCAACUACUGCCAGCGACUCAACUACAACUGUUCCAUCUUCAACUACGGAAUCAAGUGGAUCAACUACACCAACGACAACGACUGUCACUGAAUCUACUACCUCUGAUUCAUCGUCUACUAUGUCACCAACUGAAUCCACUACCCAAACAUCAACUACAACUGUCCCAUCUUCAACUAUAGAAUUGACUACUCAAACUUCAACGACUGUCGCCGAAUCAACUACCAGUGAUCAAUCUUCUACUAUGGAAUCAACAGAAUCCACUUCAUCGACGUCAACAACUGUCACUGAAUCAACCACAACUGGUCUCUCUUCUACUAUGGAAUCAACUGGAUUUACUACUCUAACGUCAACUACUGUCAGCGACCCAACUACAACUGUUCCAUCUUCAACUACAGAAUUACCAGAAUCCACUUCACCGACGUCAACGACUGUCACUGAAUCUACUACCACUGAUUCAUCUUUUACUAUGGAAUCAACUGUAUCCACUACCCCACCAUCAACUACUGCCAGCGACUCAACUACAACUGUUCCAUCUUCAACUACGGAAUCAAGUGAAUCGACUACACCAACGACAACGACUGUCACUGAAUCUACUACCGCUGAUUCAUCGUCUACUAUGUCACCAACUGAAUCCACUACCCAAACAUCAACUACAACUGUCCCAUCUUCAACUAUAGAAUUGACUACUCAAACUUCAACGACUGUCGCCGAAUCAACUACCACUGUUCCAUCAUUAACUACAGAAUCAACAGAAUCCACUUCAUCGACGUCAACUACUGUCACUGAAUCAACCACCAUUGCUUCAUCGUCUACUUUAUCAACAACUGAAUCAACUACCGCUGAUUCAUCCUCUACUUUGGAAUCAACUGCAUCUUCUACCCCAACAUCAACAACUAUCAGCGAAUACACUACAACUGUUCCACCUUCUACUACGGAAUAAACUGAAUCCACUCCAACCCCACACUAACGACUGUUGCCGAAUCAACUACGGCCAGAUCGACCACGGAAACGGGUUAAUGAAAAGAACACAAAAGAUUUAAAUUAUACCAAUUUCAUUUUCACGAUUUGAUUUUUUAAAUGAUUGAAACGUAGUUACCUUGAAAAAUAAUUUAACAAUCGUCAAAUAAUUUGCUAAUUCUCAAAAACAUCGCGGAUCAUCAAUUAAUCAGUCACUCUAAAUAUCUGUAAAUCUCUAACUGCAAUUUAUAAAAGAAGCAAGAACAAUUUACACUACCGUAAAGAAAAACAAUAAGAUUUAUUAGUUUUACAUGAACAAAAAAAUAUAUAUAAAAUAAUGAGAAUAUUUGCCCUAAUGGGAUAUAUAUGAUAAAUGAUAAUCUAUUUUGUGUAAAAGUA